CAUCGCCAUGGCGCCGCCGGCCGGGAGCGCGGCCACGCCGCCGCCUGGAAACACCGCCCCUCUUCCCGGCGCGCCCCGCGCGACCCCGCUGCUCUCACCCGGCAUGGAGCCGCCGGAGCGCGCCGCGCUGUGCCUCUUCGACGUGGACGGGACCCUCACGGCGCCGCGGCAGAAAAUCACGGCGGAGAUGGCGGAGUUCCUGCAGAGGUUGCGUCAGAAGGUGAAGGUGGGCGUUGUCGGGGGCUCCGACUUCGAGAAGAUCAAGGAGCAGCUCGGCGACGACGUGGUUGAAAAGUUUGACUACGUGUUUCCAGAGAACGGCCUUGUGGCAUACAAAGACGGGAAGUUCUUCAGCAAGCAGAACAUUCAGGGUCACCUGGGUGAGGACGUGCUUCAAGAUCUCAUCAACUACUGCUUGAGUUACAUUGCAAAGAUUAAACUGCCAAAAAAAAGGGGCACUUUUAUUGAAUUCCGAAAUGGGAUGUUAAAUGUGUCCCCCAUUGGAAGAAGCUGUAGCCAGGAAGAACGAAUUGAGUUCUAUGAACUUGAUAAAAAGGAACAUAUAAGAGAAAAAUUUGUAGCUGAUUUACGAAGAGAAUUUGCAGGAAAAGGCCUCACGUUUUCUAUAGGAGGCCAGAUAAGCUUUGAUGUGUUCCCCGAUGGCUGGGAUAAGAGGUACUGCUUAGGAAUCAUUGCUGAAGAUGGAUACAAGACUAUUUAUUUUUUUGGAGAUAAGACCAUGCCAGGUGGGAAUGACUAUGAAAUUUUCACAGACUCCAGAACCAAAGGCCACAGCGUUACGUCCCCGCAGGAUACAAGAAGAAUCUGUGAAGAGCUGUUUUUUUAAUCAAAAGACUUCCUUUUAGGCUUCACAUUUACAAAAUGGUUAAGACAGCUUAAUAAUUCAAACCAUCUUCCUUCAUUCUGCAUUGUUUUUGUAAUUGGUGACGAAUACUAAACGCUUUGCAGGUGUAAAGGGAAGGCUUUUAACUGAAGGGAACCUUGGUGACUGGUUAAUGGAGCAGAGCUCAUUUAGGACCAUCCUUUCACGGUUUGCAUUAGCAGAAAUACUUUUUGGUUAGCUGUGUUUUUGGUUUUUUUUUUUAGUUUGUUUUAUUUUCUUUUUCUGUUUUUAAAGUCCUCAGCCCAAAAGAGGUUAUUGUGUCUCAUGUGUUGCCCUGUGAAGCAUUACUUCGGGAACAGUAAUUAAUUUCAUUUAGGAAACUGGACAUUUCUGGCCAGGUUAACCUGCAGAAUCUGAUUCCUCAUGUCUUUGUGCUUGAAGCUACAGGAGUUACUGGAAAAUAAAGGGGUGAUACUGUUACGUUAAUGCAUUAUCUCAGAUACUCCUGACAGUACGCUUUGUGAAUCUGUGCAGGGAAAAGUGAAGUUAGUUUUUCAUCUUGUUUUUUCCUUCUUUUACUCUUUUCAAACCAACUAGUAAAAUUUCUUAGCUAAUUAAUUACGUUGUACACCCUCCUCAUCCACCCCCAUUAAUCUGCUUGUUCUUGAUUUAUGGCCUUAAAGUUGGCCUGCAAGGCAUUAUGCCUUGUUUUAGUUUUGAAGCUGCUAUUUAAAAUAAGCAUUCUGAAGGCUUUUUAAAAACAUACACAUGACCUUGUGCUAUGAAGACAUGAAUUUUAAGACACCAGGUACUUUCUUGUUUAAAAAUGCAAGAUGAGUAAAAGAUAGGUUUCACUAAUUCCCCUCCCCCGGGAGCGGGAGGGCAGAACUGAGCCUGAAGUCCCUGACCUUGUUCAUGAUCCAGUGCAGGGUCAGCAGGUGUGGAUGUACCACCACUGCGAGGGCUGGGCCACCUGAUGCUGGUUACCUCCUCACUGCAGCCUGCACUGCAAAUGCACACGAUGGUACCUGAACUUUUUGCAGACUAUUUUAAAUCUACAGUGAAAAAAAAUAAAAUAACUUGACCGCAGCAGCAAAAUACGAUUUUUUGACUUACUACACUAUUCCUGGUAAGAAUAAGGGUAGGUGAGUUUUGUGCUACAAUAAAUGAUAUAUGUUUCUAUUAAAAUUCACAUUGAAGCGUGGCAAUCAGUGUAACUGUUACUACUACUUCUAUCUGGCAUUAGGAAAUGAAUCUCUUCUGGGAAUGGUUUAGUUUGGAAAAGGAGAAUAAAAAUCUCAUCAUGAAAAAAUUCUAACAGUCUGUCAUUUUGGCAAAUAAAUUAUUUCAAGCAGA